UUAUCUUCAGCACUUUCACACGCCUCCUUUGAAAGCUGUGCAAAUAGACCUAUAAAAAUUAUCUUGGUGUGAUCAUUAUUGCAUUACUAUAGGAAUCAGUCCUUGUCAUUUGAAAACUUGAGCAGAGUCAGAAUGAAAUACAGAGCAGGUUUUCUGAAAGUGAUGUGUGUCUGGAUGGUGAUUCUGAUGCAAAGCUUGCAUGCAGGACAUGCACCAAAGAAACAUGCUGCUGGUAGUUCGUGCAAGCUGAGAGAGCUGACAGCCCUCACCAAAAGUCAAACUGAAGAGAGCUUGGCAAGUUUUGACGAAGCCAAUGGGAAGCACCUUGGCACUUGGUCCCCAGGCUUCCCUCAGCUCCAGGUCCACCAGAACUCUCCUCUCCAUCCGUCAAAAGUUCAGUGCAGCCUCCUCUUCAUGGCUCAAGGCCUGGAGAAAGUCCUGGAGGACCAGAGGAGGAACCUGAAUCCCACAGAUGUCUCACUUGACAAGAAGCUUGGGGAUACCAUCUCCACGGUCAACAUGCUCGCAAUGUGUGUGAAGAAAAUUCUCGGUGGGGAAUGCUCCCCGAAGCCAUCCCCACCAGAAAUGCCCAAGCAUGCGUUUGAUAGGAAGCAGUGGAGUCACACUCUGUUGAAGACAGCCAGGGACUAUCUGGACUGGAUGGAGCGUAAGCUUGGGGUCCAAAAUUCAAAGGUCAAAGGGAAAAAUAAGAUAAAACGUACAGUUACUGAGGCAACACGUCACAAGUAUUUGGAGGGGAGUGGAAACCUCUUGUAAUUUUUUAACACAAGCUGAUCUCAGUUUGUGACGCAGAAAUGGUUUACAGUUUAUGGACGCUUUUCUUUAACAGUGAAGGAUUUUUUCAAGAUGUUAAUGCUUAUUUAAGUUGUCUCAGUUUUCAUACUCUGUAAGAAUGAAUGGAUGGAUUUAAUGUAAUUUUUUACAAGAGGUUUUUUUUUUUUUACACACAGCCUAGGUGAAAUAGCUGAUUACAUUUUGCAUUUUUUCAGCUGUUUAUAUUACCCCCGUAUUAACACCACACUUUUUAAAAAUCUUCAUGUUAAGUUAAAAUGACCAGCUGCUAGCUGUAGCUUCAUGUUUACUUCACAGACAUAAGAGUGGUAUCGAUCUUCUCAUCAAGCUCUUGACAAGAUAGAUAGACAGAAGUGUAUUUCCCAAAAUGUCUAACUAUUCCUCUAAAAGCUAUAUCAGAAAUGGCUUUGUUCAAAUAAACUUGAUGCUUUUCAGCAACUGACAUUGUUCCCAUGUGACUAUAAUUAAUCAACUUGCCAAAGAGGCAAAUUAAAAGGGGCUCUAAUACAUUUCUUAAUUACGACAGUUUGUUUUCUCAGCCUUCACAAUGAUUAAUUGUUUUGCUCUGGCCAUCCAUCCCUUGUGAGCGGGCUACGUUGCCUGAGGUAGAAAGAGAAGCUGAUAAGAAUCACCUUCAGAGAGAGCCACCAGUUUGGACUCCAAUCACUAUAUUUCACGGUGAAAUUUGUGGACAGAUGGACAGUGCAUGGUACGGCAGAUAAGUCUGUCACACUCCCAUCAAAGCAAUGCAGGAGAACAACACUGUAACAAAGAUUAAUGUGGGCCUCGUCUUCCUCAAAUUAAGUAAUCAAUUAAUAUUCAAUAAAAGUUCCAAUGUUUCGUGGGUCUGAAUGAACUUCAAAUGAGUCUACAUGAUGUUGAAAAUCAGCCAAGUCCCUGAAAUGUUACAUACUUGAACAUGGACAUUUUCUAAUAACUAUAUACUUUCCUACACAAGACUGUCGUGGAAAUUCAAAUCAAACUCAAAUGGUUUUUUUUUUUGUUUUUUUACAAAAUACUUUUUGAAUGCAUGUACCUUCUGUUUGUGCACUAUUUCCACUGAUGCUCAAUUUGGCUAAUAAAAUAAAAUGCCUGGUGAGUUCAAGUUCACUUGGCACUGCUUGAUCAUGCA